GCUUGUAUGUCAUGGAAGACAAUCCGCAACUCGAUCUGGUCCAAGAUCGCAUUGGUCGGCGGGGUAACGACAGUGGGAGUAAUAGGAUUCGCCACGCCGGUUUUCGCUUCGGAAAUGCAGGCACACGCACCAGCUCUGCCCUGGAGCCAUCACGGAGUGCUUUCGGCGUUCGACCAUCACUCUGUUCGCCGUGGUUACCAGGUGUAUAAAGAAGUGUGCGCAGCCUGCCACAGUAUGAAAUACCUGUGCUAUCGUCAUUUAGUCAAUGCAGUCCUCACCGAAGAUGAGGCGAAGGCAGAUGCGGCAGAGAUGCAAGUUUUGGACGGUCCGGAUGACAACGGAAAGAUGUAUGAACGACCCGGGCGUUUAACGGACACCCUGCCUUCUCCCUAUCCGAACACGGAAGCAGCUCGUGCAGCCAACAACGGUGCAGCUCCACCUGAUCUGACCUAUAUAGUGAAGGCGCGCCACGGGAAUGAGGAUUAUAUCUUCCACUUAAUUACAGGCUAUUGUGACGCUCCACCAGGACGUGUGGUAAAUGAGCCACAAUACUACAACCCGUAUUUCCCCGGUGGUGCUAUCAGUAUGGCUCGAGUGUUGUACGAUGACCUCAUCGAGUACAAGGAUGGAACCCCAGCCACAGCCAGUCAAAUGGCCAAAGACGUCGUGACAUUUCUGUCCUGGACCGCCGAUCGGAAUCACGAUCAACGAAAGCGAUUCCUGUUCAAGGUACGUGCUUCUGUUAACGAUUGUGUCAUACUCGUUAGUGCUGCUUCUACUCACUGGUUGUUGUACGCUACGUCUAAUAAGUCUAAUCGCUUAUUUGGAUACAAUAAUCACUGCCAUAUUUUUUAUUCAUGCACACAGGCACUUAUCGUACUUGGUCUGGGAGCCGUGAUUGUCGGGAUUUCUAAGAGGAAGCGUUGGAGCAACAUAAAAUCGCGCAAAUUGAUGUACAAAAACCGUCCGAUGCCAAAGGAUGUGUGA